AUGACAUCAAUGCAAAAGAUAAUUAAUGUCAUAGCAAGGCUUUUUCAGUCAGAAGACUCUAUUUUGGAUGGAGAAAUAAACUAUUCAAGAGGCCAUGAGAAACGCAGAGAGUACGGAAGAAGGGCUCACGGGAAAAAGUUUCCGUUCCUGUUAUCAGCAGCGAAACUUUAUUCAAUUUAUUCCAUUUAA